CCCGUCCCGACGGCGACCGUGAUGCUCAGAUAGGCGACACCGGAAUAUUUAUUAGCUUAGCCAAACGGAAUGAUUCCUCCGGCGCGGCAUAAUCCGGCCGCCUUUCCUUCUCCUCCUCCUCGGUGAGGUCGCGCCGGCUGCCUCCCCAUUCCCAUCACCUCCUCCCUCCCACCACCCCGCGCCAAUGCCUCCCCGUCCCACGCGCCAUGGCCACCGAGAACCCGACCGCCUCCCCCACCGCCCGCACCCUCUCCGCGGCCUUCGCCGACGACCGCCGACGCGAGGCCAGGCGCCGGGCCGUGCCCGCCGGGCUCGUCAAGCUCAUGCUCCACCGCUGGGGCGCCGCCUGCCUCCCCAAGAACAGGGCCGCUCUCAGCGCCCGCGCCCGCGCCGCCACCCCGCCCCCGCAGACGCAUACGCAGACCCGGCCGUCAUCCGCGUCGGCGCCCCCGGCGUCGCAGGUGCCGGCACGCCAGGGCCACGCGGACGCGGCGAAUGUCGCCGCGAGGAGGCCUUUGAGGGAGAGAGAGGAAGCCGCCGCCGUCGCGGUGGCCCGAGCGCCGACUCCGACGGGAUUCCAAGAUAAGCCCGUGACAGUUGCCGGCGGUGGGAGCGGCGAUACGGCCACCACCGUCGGGAGAGGAGAAAACAUCUGGGUGAGGGUGCCGCGCAAGCGGACGUCGUCGCCGCAGGUGGACUCUCCGCAGCAGCUGUCCGUGGAAUCGACGGCGGGGGCGGCUGAGGACGAGUACGUGUGGGCGGACAGGUACCGGCCCAGUGUGCUCGGGGAAUUCAUCUGCAACAAGGCCGUCGCCGACGAGCUCCACCGGCUGGUGACCGAACAAGAGUGCAACCAUUUCAUAUUCGAAGGCGGGCAGGCCGUCGGGAAGAGAAGCAUGGUGCUGGCACUUCUAAGGGAAGCUUUUGGUCCUCAUAAUCUCCAGGUACAGGAACACUCAAAGAGAAUCGAACUGAAGGGAGAAAUUGCCAGACACAUUGAUGUGAAAAUCAAGAUUUCAGGUCAUCAUGUGGAGGUUAACCUGGCUGAUUUACAUGGCUAUGAGAAUCAUGUCAUAACUACUUUGCUGAAUGAAUCAAUCCUGCCGCCACACUCGAUCUGCGAUCAUACUAACUGCAAAGUGAUUGUGGUCCACGACGCUGAUAGGCUCUCGUCCGAUUUUCAACAUUAUAUCGGUUGGUUUUUGGGAAGGUAUGCAGGUUGCAACAAAAUCAUCUUCUGCUGCUCUGAUUCUUCAAACCUCGAGGCUGUGAAACAUCUAUGCAAGGUUGUCACACUUCAGCCACCUUCAUUUGAGGAGAUGAUCAAGGUUCUGGAGUUCAUUGCUAUGAAAGAAGGCAUAGAUUUGCCUCGCGGAAUUUCCAGCAGAAUUGCAGUGAGCGCGAGUAACAAUCUCCGACAGGCAAUACGUUCUUUUGAAGCUACAUGGAGAGCAAACUCUCUUAACAAACACAGCUACCCAUUCAUAGAAGGUCAACCUAUUUUGACGGGAUGGGAGGAAGAAAUAUAUAAUGUGGCCAAGAAAAUCAUGGAGGAGCCAAGUCCAAAGCAGCUGUAUCUCAUUCGAGGGAAGAUCAGGAAAAUGAUUGACCAUAACGUGUCACCUUAUUUCAUUUUCCGCCACCUGGUUACCGAACUGAAAAGGGACAGGGAUAAAGAUUUUCAGAAUAGUGUCGAUGAACUGGCAUCCAAUUUGAACUACUGUGCAGGACGCAAGUUUCAGAAGGACCAAUACAAAGAAUACAGAUCUCGGGACACAACUUUGGAUAUCAGUAUAGAACAUUUUACCGUGGAAGCACAUGACCAGGGGGAAGCCAUCCAAUACUUCAUAAAGAUUGAAGAAUUCACUGUGAGGUUCAUGAGCUUCUACAGAUCUUUCAUUGCGAAAAACUCGAGUAAAGGGGCCGUUCUAUGAAGGGUGAUCCACUUCAUGAAGAUUAAAGCAGAAUUCACUGUGAGGUUCAUGAGCUUCUACAGAUGUUUCAUAGCGAAUAAAUCGAGUAAAUUAGGGGGUGAUCCACUCUCUCCAUCGAGAAAUCAUCUCCAAGUAUUGUCGCACUUUAUGUAAAUAAGCAGUGCCUCUGCCUGCCUCUGAACCAGAGCACCUUAUAUGUUGCUCCGCGUGUAAGAUGAAGAUAGACCCCUGUGAUCCGUGCUGUGCGGGCGAAUAUAUGAUAACAUACAGAACUUGGCAUAUGUGUGGAGUGGAUUGUGAUGGGCUCCAAAUUGUAAAAAUAUCAACUUCAUAUUUGUUAGUAUAUCAAUAUUAUCAUAUUAGUCUCAUAGAGUAUGUAUAUCA